UGAGACAUCAUCAUCAAAUUACCAAUCAUCUCCGAUGGCUAAAUACGCCGGAACAAGAACCAGACCGGUCAUAUGUUUCUCCGACGUCGUUCUCUUCCUCGGCGGAGCUUUCAUGUCUUUAAUCCUCGUCUGGUCAUUCUUCUCCUUCUCUUCAAUUUCACCAAAUCUCACCGUCAAAACCAAUGAAUCCUCCGCCAAAUGUUCUCCAGAAAUCGACAUGAAGUACGAUCCAACCGACCCGGUUUACUACGACGACCCGGAUCUAACCUAUACAAUCGAAAAACCGGUUAAAAACUGGGACGAGAAACGAAGACGUUGGUUAAAUCUACACCCUUCGUUUAUCACCGGAGCUGAGAAUCGUACGGUUAUGGUAACAGGAUCACAAUCGGCGCCGUGUAAAAACCCAAUCGGAGAUCAUUUGUUGUUACGGUUCUUUAAGAAUAAAGUUGAUUAUUGUCGGAUCCAUGGUUAUGAUAUAUUCUAUAGUAACGCUCUUCUUCAUCCGAAGAUGAAUUCUUAUUGGGCGAAACUUCCGGCGGUUAAAGCGGCGAUGAUUGCUCAUCCUGAGGCGGAGUGGAUCUGGUGGGUUGAUUCUGAUGCUUUGUUUACGGAUAUGGAUUUUACGCCGCCGUGGCAUCGGUAUAAGGAGCAUAAUCUUGUUGUUCAUGGUUGGCCGGGAGUUAUUUAUAAUGAUCGGAGUUGGACGGCGUUGAACGCCGGCGUUUUCCUUAUUAGGAAUUGUCAGUGGUCUAUGGAGCUCAUUGACACGUGGACAGGUAUGGGACCAGUGAGUCCAGAGUACGCUAAAUGGGGACAAAUCCAACGGUCAAUAUUCAAAGACAAACUCUUCCCAGAAUCAGACGAUCAAACGGCUCUGAUUUACUUACUCUACAAACACAGAGAAGUGUAUUAUCCCAAAAUAUACCUCGAAGGAAACUUUUAUUUCGAAGGAUAUUGGUUAGAGAUCGUACCGGGUUUAACCAACGUAACGGAACGGUAUCUGGAGAUGGAACGAGAAGACGCCACGUUGCGAAGACGUCACGCAGAGAAAGUGAGUGAACGAUACGGUGCGUUUCGUGAGGAACGGUUUUUAAAAGGAGAAAGAGGCGGGAAAGGAAGUAAACGGAGACCGUUCGUGACGCAUUUUACGGGAUGUCAACCUUGUAGUGGUGAUCAUAAUAAGAUGUACGAUGGUGACACGUGUUGGAAUGGGAUGAUCAAAGCCAUUAAUUUCGCUGAUAAUCAAGUGAUGCGUAAGUAUGGUUUCGUACACUCGGAUCUAGGGAAGACUUCCCCUCUUCAACCUCUACCGUUCGAUUAUCCUGAUGAGCCUUGCUUAAGAGAUAAAAGCCUCUUAGAAGUUAAUUCCAUGGAAAACAGAUCGUUUUCGGUUAUGCUCAAGACGAGAUAUUCAAAAGGAGCUUCCGAUCAUCAGCCAUCACAUCUCAGACUCGGAUUCGACGAAUACGUGAAUCGAUUAGAUGUGAUUGGAAUCGACGAAGCUCAAUUCUUCGGAGAUCUAUACGAAUUUUGCCGUGAAGCUGCUGAUAAAGAGGGAACAACUGUAAUUGUUGCUGGAUUUGAUGGUGAUUUUAAGCGGAGGAGGUUUGGUUCGGUGCUUGAUUUGAUUCCGAUUGCGGAUACGGUUACGAAGCUGACGUCACGGUGUGAGGUUUGUGGGAAGAGAGCAUUGUUGACGAUGAGGAAGACGGAGGAGAAAGAGACGGAGUUGAUCGGUGGAGCUGAAGUCUAUAUGCCUGUGUGUCGGAGUCAUUACGUUUGCGGUCAAAGCGUUUUGGAAACCGCUCGUGCCGUUUUCGAUUCUUCAAGCAAUAAGCAUGAUGUUGUAGCAAGUUUGCUUUAAUGAGAGUUUGUAGGAUUUGUGAUAGUCGUUGAGAUAUAUUUGGUUUCUUAGCUUUGAGAUUGGAAAUUUAAACAUAAUUAUGUACUAUUUAAUCAAUGAUUUUAAAAAUU